AUGUUCGUCCCAGCUGUUGUCGUGCUCUUGCUCCCUCUAGCUGUGAGCAUCUCCCCUCCAGUUUUGUUUGGCCGACCCCGAGGAGGCUUUCUACAAGCUCCAGUUGGAGACGGUCCUCAAACAGAGGACAAAUAUUUGGUCUACUCGAACAUUACACAAAAGGUUGAUCAUUUUGGCGGAUCGACAGCCACAUGGAAGCAGCGAUAUCAGUACAAUUCCAAGUUCUACAAUGCAAGCAAAGGCAUCGUGUUUCUGAUGAUCGGAGGAGAGGGCUCAAUCUCGCCUCCAGGUGAUAAAUGGGUUAAAGAUGAGAGUAUUACAAUGAUGCAGUGGGCUCAGAAAUAUGGAGCAGCCGCAUUCCAACUUGAGCAUCCGCUUCUACGGACCAAAAGAAAACGCUCCUAUGAGGAAAGCGAAGAAGCUCUUCGACCUCUAGUUUUAUCUUAUCAUAAACAAGAUACUCAAGCGUUACAACUGCUCACUAUAGACCAAGCUCUAGAAGAUAUCAAAGAGUUCAUCCAGCAGAUGAACGAGAAAUACUUCUCUGGAAACAAGCACGAAAUGGGUGACGUUCGGCGGAUCCUAUCCAGGUCGGCAAUUUCUACGGCUUUUUGCAAAAUUAUUUUUCCAGGUGAUCUCUCAGCUUUUUAUCGCGAAACGUACCCAAGUACGACUAUUGGAGCCGUGGCCAGUUCUGCGCCAAUUAAUCUUUUCGUAGAUUACUACGGAUAUUUGAUGAAUUCCGGGGAAAACUAUGGCAAACAAAGCAAAGACUGCGCAACAGCGAUCUCCACUGCAUUUGCUAAAAUGCAAAAAAAUUUUUACAACGGCACGUUUGGACGAGAUCUGCUUGUGAAGAAGUUCAAUUCGACGAGAAUAACCUAA